AUGGCCCAUCAGGCGCACAAUAUCCCGUGGACUCUCUUGGCCUCAAAUUUGAAAUGGCACAAAGGCGGGUUACGAACGGGACGCUCACAAUCUUCUCCAUAUGACGUGACGAAUCUUCGACCUCGCGGUAAACCGAACCAGGGAAAGGAAAUCGCUUAUUUCGUGGAAGCCUUUGCAAGGACUAUUGACGAGCAUGCGGCCUGCGAGCGCAAGAAGUACCCAGAAACAUACGAUCCGCCCAGCCCCGAAGAUAUCAUCCUUGACGAUCGUAUCGUCGGGAAGAUCACUCCCACAGUACGUCGACUGCGCAGCUAUAAGUGUGACUCACGGUGUCCUUCAGACGUUUGCUGGCUCAAGCAUCAUGGCCAUGAGUGUCGGUGCAUUCCUAUUUCAGAUGAUGCGAGAAAAAUGUCCGCGUUCUUGCAGCCAUACAGAUCGAAUUAUUGUUACCAGUUCUUCGAUGUCAAUAGAAAAGCCUUCUUUCAACUCCAACUGGUGGAGACUCUGAUCCUAUACGGCGAGAUGGAUGCGGUCUUGCGAAUCUGCGCACAUCCAGAGAUUGGACUGGAGAGAUGGUGGCUUCUCUGCGAGUGUUACUGUUCUGCCCCAAGCUAUGACCUCGGUUGGGACCAGCUUUUCAAAAAUGCUCUGUACGCCUAUAUCUGCCUCAACAUAGUCUACUGUUUUCCCGAGAUGUGGGACCCGGCGUCUGGGAAAACCGACGAAAAAGACUAUCGCGAUACCAGACUUUACCAACGCAUGCUACGAGAAUGCACAGCGUCUUGGAAGUGCUCCGAUGUGAUAACAUAUCCACACCGACAGUUUUUCGGCAUUGCAGACAGGCAGUUCCCCGGCGCUAAGCCCCUGCGCAGCAAUACAGCCCAUUGGCUCCACUGGGCAGGACGUACCAAAAAAUCUGAUAGAUUCAUUGAACCUUACGGGAGGGUGCCAAUUGAGGAGUUCCUCUCGCUGGAUAACUCGACCGGCUAUCAGCCAGCUGUAUCCGACAUGGAUUCUGUUCGCUGGAUCCUGUGCAGGAAGGGGCUCCCUGUUGAGCUGACAAUGGACAUCAUGGAGCUUGCCGGAUAUGAUCCUAAACGAAGACUGGAGAUACCGCACGACCCGUUCCACCCGUCUAAUCGCGAAGAGCUUUCUCGAUACCUCACGUAUUGCUGGCAGAUCAUUGUUCGCUGCGACAUGAUGGGGAAGGCUCUUGGUAUGGAAAUACGAUGGCAAGAAUUCGUGGCAUCUGUUCUUAUCGACUUCUUCGACUACAAGCAUAUUCCCCGCGACGCGAAUCUAAGGAAGGCUUGGGGAUGUUGGGAUCGUGAUGAACCUUUAAACCUACCCUACGUUUUUGCAUGA